CCGGUAUGAAGUCAAGUCUGAACACCUCCAUUUUUCUUUCUUUCUCUCUGUAAUGGAGAAGUCUCCGACCUGGACCAGCUAUUCCCCAUCGCCAGCUCAAAUUUAGCUUUCCAUCCGUUGACUCCAGUUCACCAUUUUUUCUACUGAUUUUGAGGAUUUCUUCUCCGUGAAUUCUGUUCAGAUCUCCGGGUGACAAUGGAGGACGAAAAAGCCGCGUUGUCGCGGAAAUUGAUCGAUAUAGUGGGCGAUAUAUCGGCGAUUUCCGACUACAGAAGCCCCGUGAAGAAGCAGUACACCAAUCUAGCUCGGCGGCUGAAGCUGUUGACCCCAAUGUUCGAAGAAAUUCGCGAUGGCAAAGAUCCGCUCCCCGAAGACUCCAUCCAUGCUUUAGCUUCGCUGGUGACCGCCCUCGAAUCGGCAAAGGAGUUGCUCCACUUCGGCAGCGAAGGCAGCAAGAUAUAUCUGGUCUUAGAAAGAGAGCAUAUCAUGACUAGAUUUCAAGAAGUGACAGCUGAACUGGAGCAAGCUCUGAGUGGCAUUUCUUUCGAGAAACUAGACAUAUCAGACGAGGUCAAAGAACAGGUUGAGCUCGUCCUUGCUCAGUUCAGAAGAGCCAAGGGAAGAAUGGAUGGACCAGAUGAUGAGCUGUACGAUGAUCUUUUGUGCCUUUACAACAAGAAUAAUGAUGCUUUAGAAGAUCCAGAUGUACUAAUCCGAUUGGUCGAAAAAUUACAUCUUGGUGGGAUAGCUGAUUUAACUCAAGAAUCGCUAGCUCUGCAUGAGAUGGUUGGGGCAACUGGCGGGGACCCAGAGGAGAGCAUAGAGAAGAUGUCGAUGCUUCUGAAGAAAGUUAAGGAUUUUGUGCAGACAUCGAAUCCAAAUAUUGAUGCCGAAAAGUCUACCCCAACAAGUAGUGGUGAAAAAACACCAAUUGAUGGAAAUCAGAACCUUGUUAUACCGGAUGAUUUUCGAUGUCCUAUCUCUUUAGAGCUAAUGAACGAUCCUGUCAUCGUCUCAACAGGACAGACUUACGAAAGGUUGUGCAUCGAGAAAUGGCUGGCAGCAGGGCAUUCCACCUGCCCCAAGACACAACAAGCACUCACCAGCACAGCCCUCACACCAAACUAUGUCCUUCGAAGCCUCAUCGCCCAAUGGUGCGAAUCCAACGGCAUCGAACCCCCCAAAAGACCAACCACCUCCCGCCCCACCACCAAGACGGGUGGCUCCGCCUGCUCCGCUGCCGAGCGCACCAAGAUCAGCUCCCUCCUCAGCAAGCUGACCUCCAACAGCCCCGAAGACCGCCGCUCCGCCGCCGGCGAAAUCCGCCUCCUUGCCAAGCGCAACGCCGACAACCGCGUUGCCAUAGCAGAAGCCGGAGCAAUCCCUUUACUCGUCCACCUCCUCUCCACCCCGGAUUCCCGUACGCAGGAGCAUGCAGUUACCGCGCUCCUCAACCUCUCCAUAUGCGAGGACAACAAGGGGACCAUCGUAUCAUCCGGUGCGGUCCCAGGCGUGGUCCACGUGCUCAGGAAGGGGAGCAUGGAAGCUCGUGAAAACGCUGCCGCCACCCUCUUCAGCCUCUCCGUGGUGGAUGAAAACAAAGUAACCAUUGGCUCCUCCGGUGCAAUUCCACCUUUAGUAACACUUCUCAGCGAAGGCACGCAAAGAGGGAAGAAAGAUGCCGCAACAGCGUUAUUCAAUCUAUGCAUAUAUCAAGGCAACAAGGGUAAGGCUGUGAGGGCUGGGGUUAUACCUACGCUGAUGCAAUUGUUGACCGAGCCUCAAGGCAGCAUGGUGGACGAAGCACUGGCGAUUCUGGCAAUAUUGGCUAGCCAUCCGGAAGGGAAGGCGGCCAUUGGAACUGCUGAGGCUGUGCUCGUUUUGGUGGACGUUAUUGGGAGUGGUUCGCCGAGGAACAAGGAAAACGCGGCGGCAGUUUUAGUGCACCUCUGCUCCGGUGACCAGCAGCACCUCGUUCAGGCACAGGAGCUAGGCGUGAUGGGCCCGCUUCUUGAUUUGGCACAACACGGUACUGAAAGAGGGAAACGAAAAGCCGCACAAUUGCUCGAGCGGAUGAACAGAUUUGUGGAAACGCAGAAGCAGGCACGGGCACUAGCUGAGAGUCAGGCGAUCGCACAUCCACCUUCAUCGGCUAACGAUGAUGAUAGUUGAGUGAAGGAAUAUUCUUGUUUCUGUAUUUUUUUUUGUUUAUUUAUUUGGGUUUUUCUUCAUUUGUGGUUCUCUUUAUAUAGCUUGGUUGUUAUGAGGGUAAAGGUGGAAGAUCACCUCUCCCGUUCUUCCCUUUAAGUUGAUAUUUAUAUUCGUUUAUGAGUUCCGUUGAGGACUAAAAACGAGAAAAAAGAGCAAUGAAAGGAGUCGAGUACGUACAGAGAGAAGUGGCCAAGCUAUUGUUAUGACAUAAUGUGAAUGUCAAUUGUAACCCCCCUUGUAAGUUGCAGGUGUAAAAUCAUCCCCUAGUUUUUAUCGAACAGAAUCGAUUUGAACCGUUGUGCAUUAUUGAGAAAAAAGCAAUACUCUCCUUGUUUUGUGUAUAUGUAUGUAUAGCUCUUUAAUGAACAUGCUUCUUAGAUGAA